ACAAGUGUUACUAGUUGCACAAUUAUUUCGUAUACUUUAUUACUAAUCCCUUAGUUAUCCCGGGCAUGGGAUGAGUUUUAUUUAGUUCUUGUAAGUAAGUCGCUUUUAAUAAAUCUCAAAUACUUAUACUGAAAAUGUGGGAUGCUGAUACACCUCCCGACAGAGGCCUAAAGCAGUCUUCAACUCUGAGAAAAAUUUUACUUGGAACACUUCUUAUUUCGUUUAUUGGAUACAUAGCCUUGCCUGUUGCUUUCAAAUAUUCCUCGACUUUGAUAAGAAAUAUAACUUUUUUAAAUCUGGUAGAUAAUCCAUUCCGACCGAGUUUGCUAAAUCCUUCAAUGAACUACGGAUUCAUAGGAGCUCGCAAUUUCUACCUGACCUCUCCAGAUGGUAAGGACCUGGGAGUGUGGCACUUGCUGCCGUCUGAGCUACAGCAGGAAGCCUCUACUCUGCAAACUGAUGAUCCUUACAAUGCCAAGGUCGCAGCUCACUACCACCAGUGGCUCCAGGAUGCCAAAGUGUUUGUGUAUUGUCACGGAACUGCUGGCUCUAGAGCAUCAGCAGGUCGCAUAAAACUGUACAGUCUCUUGAACAGUCUAGGGUACCACGUGGUGACGUUUGACUACAGAGGCUAUGGAGAUUCCAGUGGUCACCCCACCACAGAACAUGAUGUGAUGAUGGAUGCCCGUACUGUGUUGGACUGGGUCAGAGGUCAUGUCAGGGGUGGAAACAUCUUCUUGUGGGGUCACUCACUGGGCUCUGGGGUGGUAUCUAAGCUGUUGUUCAACCUGGAGCUAGAACCAGACAAUCCUGUGGUGGGAGCAGUUCUGGAAUCUUCCUUUAACAACCUUGAAGAUGCCAUCCGUGCCUACCCUCCAUCUAGGGCCUACACCAGUUUACCAGGAUUCGACUUCUUUGCCACUGAACCGAUCACCAACCAAGGGAUUACUUUCCGAAGUGAAGAUUAUCUAACGAAGGUGUCUUUGCCAUUGAUGUUCCUGCAUGCCAAGGAUGAUCAUAUUGUGCCAUACAAGUUGGGGGUCAAGUUGUAUGAAACAGUUGUUAAGUCUCGCAAAGAUAAAUCCACAGUUGAAUUUGUGAGUUACAAUGAAGACCUUGGCUACGGACACACAAAAAUCCACGAAGAUCCUAAUCUAGGGGGAAAAAUCCAAGAGUUUGUGGAAAAGUCCAUUGGGCGAAAAACAAAUCACUUGUACAUGUAAUAAAUAUACACAUGAUGUUCUA